AUGAUAAUCAUUUAUUUAAUUGAAUAAUAAUGGUAUAGAAUUACUAUAAAAACAUUUUGGAGCAUCUAUUAAAAGAGCAAGUACUCAUUAAUUAAAAUAAUAGGUAAAUUNUAUGUGGAGGUUAUCAUUUAGGUAAAUUAAUUAUCAUAGGUGAUAAUAAUCAAAUUAUUGAUAUCUAUUAAAUACAUACUUCAACUAUUACAACAUUAGCUUCAGAUAAAAAAGAAUCAAUAAUUAUUUCUGGAGAUAAGAGUGGACAUGUCAUUUUAUGGAAUGUUGAUAAAUAAAAGGAUAUUUAUAAAUUACAUGCUAAAUGUAUGUAUUUUGAUCAUUAGAAUUAAGUAAUUUAUAUAAUUAAUUAUAAUUUAGAUUAAUUGUAUUUAUGUUUCUACUAGUAUGAAAUUAUUUGCUACUGGAUGCACAGGUGGUUACAUUUAUUUAUAUAAUUUAUAUAAUGGAUAAUUGAUGAGAUCAUUCAUACAUCCAAAUAAGAAUCCUAUUAAUUCAAUUAUUAUGAGUAAUAGACCUCUAUUUUGUAUUGUAUUUUAUUCAGCAUAUGAUCAUUAACUCUAUAGUUAUUCUAUUAAUGGAUUUUUAUUGGAAGUCUAAUAAGAACAGAGUUCAUCUUUAAUUGAUUGUUAAAUUAUGAGAAAUAAUUUAUUCUCAGAUAUUAUGGUAAUUAAUAAUAUAUAUACAUAUAUAGGUAUAUGGUACUGAAAAUGGUGAAUUGGUUAGAAGAUCUUUGCCUUAUUUAUAAUAAUUAAAGAGAUUUUAAAUAUCAGCUAAAUCCCCUGUAUUAUCAAUAUCUUGCUCAAAGGAUAAGAAGUUUUUCAUUUGUGGAUGUAAUGAUGGUGAAAUUUCAGUAAUGGCAGAACCUCAAUAAAAUAAAUGA